GAACUGAGAAGCCUGUGCUCUGAGUGGACUCAGACCAGGAGUGAGUGGGGGAGGUAGGAAGAGGUGAAUGGGGUCAAGGGAGCAUCUUGGGAAAUUCUCACUCCUGUCAAACUGUGAAGUUACUGAUAAAAGGAGAGGCUGGUGGCGCAGCAGAGGGUGUGUGGGCUAGAGGCUAACUAAAGCUGUAGCUGACGAUGGUUGGACGUAUCACAAGCAUUUACAGACGACUGUCAUUUUUUGUUACCUUUACGGGGCCUUCUUGGGGGUUCUCUCCCAACUUCCCAUAUUCUCACACAAAUCUCUACAGAGUUUGAAGUGAUCCCCCAAAUAUCUCAUUAUCCACUAGAAAAAUACCAACUUUCUUCAAUAACCUCUUAGCCCAGAAGUCUCAGAACACUCUUCCUAAUGUCUAAUUUAAACCCCUUCUGCAAGAUGUCUGUUCCUUUUUAUUACAUCCUGAAGUGACCCUGUGGCCACUCCCUAUGGCUUCACUUCCACCCCCUUCCUUUCCAUAUAAUCCAAAAAUUUGAAAGGAUGAGAGUAGCAAAUUAACAAAAUUAAUAUAUGGAGGGGAAAAUGAGAGAACUUAAGAAAGGAAGAAGCUGUUUCAAGUCACCUAAACACCUCACGUUUAUAUACAAACAACCCCCAUCCUCACAACUGGAUUCUCUUAUACUGCUCUCUAAUUGUGUGUGUGUCUGUGUGACUUGUAAAUUAUAAGCUCCUUGAGGGCAGGAACAUGUCCUCUUAUUUUCACAGCACAUUGGCUUCAAUAAACACACGUAGCCAUCACUUGGCACUCUUAUUAUAAACUAUUCUUACCAUUCUUUUUUGGCACUAAAACCAGUCUCCUAUGGAUUCUAGCUCUGGUUUUCUUACAUACUGAAAGGUACUAACCCUGACUUUUUUAACAAUUAAUUUGGUAUUUCAGGCGCCUCUUCUUCAUUCAGUGCCCCUCCCCUACCCCAAGUGGUCUGAAUUUUCAAGGUUUGACCAUCGUGGCAAUGUCCUCCUGGGACAGCCACCAUGGAGGCUGAAGUGUUCAGAUUUAUCUUUUGCUGUCUCGGGUGGAACAGAGGUGGAAAGGAAGAUGUUUUCCUCCUUGAAAUGUAGAAAACCCUCUGGGAUUUUAUGCUCACUAUUCAGGGAGUUCUCUACAGCCUAAGCGGAAACAAGACAAGCUUCAGACCCUGAAAAGUCCUACCUGAUCUCUGCCUGUCAAAACUGGCAGAGUAUCCUCGGGGCAACUUUGUGACAGAGACUGGAGGGGGGUGCAGAUGAUAUUGGGGCUGCAUUCAGAGAUGAAGAGAACAGAGUGAGAUUUCCAAGAUUAGCCUAUCUGAGCAGGUCCCAAAGGACUUUACUGAGGUCACAGGGUGGGGUUCCCCUUACCCAUUGCUAAGUCCCAUGAACCUGGAGGACAGAUUUCAGCAGCCAAGGUCUGGAAGGGUGCUGAAGAUUGAGGUCAGAAUAAUGAGCCCCAGUCCAGUUCUAGAUGCUGUUACGGAGCAGAAGCAGGAUGAGUUAUUGAAACGGAUCAUGAGCCCACGAGAUGGGGAGACACAAAGCAGCUGAGGAGUAUGAUUAGGAGGCAGCCUCAAAUGAUUUCUGGAGCCUGAGUUUAAAUAAUCCCAGACUGUUUCACAUGCUUUGAGGGUACCGGCAUGAGAAUGAGCCCAUUUUUUAAAAAAAAAAUGAUUGGAGGACUUCCCUGGUGGCGCAGUGGUUAAGAAUCCGCCUGCCAAUGCAGGGGACACGGGUUCGAGCCCUGGUCCGGGAAGAUCUCACAUGCCAUGGAGCAACGAAGCCCGUGCGCCACAACUACUGAAGCCUGCGCUCCUGGAGCCCGUGCUCCGCAACAAGAGAAGCCACUGCAAUGAGAAGCCCACGCACCGCAAUGAGAAGCCCACGCACCACAACAAACAGUAGCCCCUGCUCGCUGCAACUAGAGAAAGCUUGCACGUGGCAACGAAGACCCAAUGCAACCAAAAAUAAAUAAAUUUAAAAAUAUUAAAAAAGGAUUGGGCAGAGACAGAGAGGGAAAGGGAAAGAGAGAAAAUAUAAAAAGCAGAUCCAGGAACUAAAAAUCCCUAGUUGUCCUUCCCUACUAAGUACCAAGGCAAAUGCCUCAACAUGCCUUAAUAAUCUCUGAGAGAUCCAUUACAGCUAAUUUUCAUAAUGUCAUCUAAUGUCAUUAAGAAAAUAAUAAAUGGCUGCAAAUAGAUUUGAAAGGUAGUUGGGAAGAUUUCCAUGAAAAUAAGGUUAAAAAAUGUUUUGAAAUUUUCUGGGUGAAAAGAAAAUUUGUGCUUUCUGAAAAUUGGUUUAUGAAGAAUGUCUCAUUCUCCAGCAAGGAUAGAGAAGUGAGGGAUCAUGUCCUCAGCACUGCAUGGCUUGUAAAACUGAUGUAUCCAAGCACUCAGUCUUCAUAGGCACGUGGGCUAUGGUGACCCACAGUGAAAUUAUCUCACAUUUGUCCAGCUUCCUAGGAGAUGGAAGGCACUGAGCGCUUCAAAAUAAUAUAAGAUUUGUGGGCAAUGCUUAAACCCAUUAAGUGGGCCUCUGUAAUGGAGCUGAGGUCUGCACAUCAUACAUGUGAAUUGCCAAGUGUCUUUCCGAGAGCCGGUUAGGUGGUAUGUCCUGGCUACCAGGUGGGAGUGAGCAUGAUUUAGACAAGGGACCAGUUCCUGAGUCAGUUGUGAGCCCAGCCCAAGAGGAAAGCCCAGCCUUUCUUUCAAGAGUUAGUCUCAGCAAGGAUGUGUGUCUAAACUCUAAGAGCUGAGUGGGAGACAUACGGCAAACAUCAACAGGGUAGCAGAAACUGGGUCCCGAAGAGGACCUUGCUGGCCACCAGGAGGGUACCUCACUCACCCCUGUGCCUUGGCCUACCUUCCACUCCAACUGUACAUCUUCAUUCAGAUUUAACUUCCUUGCAAAGCCUUCCCUGAGCCUGAGGAAUUUAUUGGGGAGGAACUGGCAGACAGUCAAGGCUUCGAAACAGGGGAAUUACGUAAUGAGCUUUGCCAACUGGCUCCAUCCCCCUGGCUGCAGUCUGAAUGUUAAAACUAGAAGGGGGUCAGAAUGGAGGCUGUUGAAAACAAUGCAGAAUCUGGCCGUGAACCCGACUCCCCCGUCUCUCUACCUCUCAUUUGGUCAGUAAAUGAGUUCCGUCAAUUGUACAUUCUAAAUAUUUCUCAAAGACGUCUGCAGUGCUGAUCACCAAUGACAAUGUACGUUUUUUUUCCCCACACCACCAUUCUCCUUUACCAGCUGGGUGUCCUACGAUUUAACUCAGUGCUGACACUGUCUACCUGGAGGUAGCACCAGAUCCCACAGGUUCGGGGCUCAGUCCCACAGGACUGCCUCCACUUCGGAUGCCAGUCCCCAGUCCACGUUGUCAUGUCACCUGUGCUUCUGACCAUCUGGCUAUAAGUCCGUGGUUCCCACAGUCCCCUUCUUGAGUUUGAUUAACUUGCUGGAGCAGCUCAGAGAACUCAGAGAAGCACUUUACUUACUAGAUUACUGGUAUAUUAUAAAAGGAUCUAACUCAGGAGCAGUCAGAUGGAAGAGGUGCAUAGGGCAAGGUGUAGGGAAAGGGCGUGGAGCUUCCAUACUCUCUGGGAGCGCCCUCUCCUGAAUCUCUCUGUGUUUAUCAACCAGGAAGCUCUCCGAACUCUUUCUCCUUGUGGGUUUCUCUGGAGGCUUCAUUACAGAGGCAUGAUUGAUUAAAUCAUUGGCCACUGGUGACUAACCUCAACUUCCAGCCCCUCUUCCCUCCCCCAGGUCAGGGGGUGGAAAGGAAAGCUUCAACCCUUUCAUCACAAGGUUGGCUCCACUGGCAACCAGCCCCCAUCCUUAGGUGAUUUCCUAAGGCACCUCAUUAACAAAACAAAAGACACUUUAAUGGCUCUCAUCAAAGAAAACUCCAGGAACAGUGGUGGAAGACCAAAUAUAUGUUUCUUGUUAUCAAUCACAAUACCAUGACAUCCAUUUCUCUCUCUCUCUGCUGACACUACUUUUGUUCUGGCCCUCAUGAUCUCUCCACGAAUCACCAUAACAGCAUCGUCAUCUCCCACCUUGAAUUUAGUCUUGUUGCCUUUACCUGGCUUCCAGAGACAUCUCUCUGAAAGACAGACCUAUUUCUGUAACUCAUUUACUUGAAACUCUAAUUGUCUCUCAUUCUUCUUACCAUAACAUCUAAAAUAUUUGGUGUGUUCUACAAACUUGGCAAAGUCUGGCCUCUGCUUAUCCUACUGAAGUGGGUGCUGCGGCAUGUUGGCCAAAUCUACCCUUCAGGAUAAGGAGACUCAUUCCCUCAGUUGUGUGGGUGUUGCCGCUAACAGCUCAGAGCUGAGUCCUUCUCCAGGCCGUGUCCUCAGGCAGAGGAAGCUGCCCUACUUAAGGUUAUAUACAUAUACGCUCCCUUCCCAGGAACAGCCCCCACCAAGGAGUGCUUGAUGCAGGGCUGCCAAGGCAUCGUCCCUUUGCCUCCAUUCUGGACACGUCUGAAGGUCCCGCCUAGUUCCAGAGCUCCUUGUGGGAUUGGUUGAUGCCUCUGUUGCAACUGCAUUGCAGGUGAACUUCUCUCUUUGCUCACUCAUGCUCCAUUCAUCCCCCCACAGGUAUUGUUCCAGAGAGUAUACCCCCAGAAAUGUCUUGCUUUUGUAGGGGAGCAAAAUUUCCCACCCCAAAAUCUCUUUGGCAUUUGGAUUAUUUCGAGCUGAAAACAAUCAAGGCCCAAGACUCAGGAAGAAACUUUGACCUUCCCCCUAACUGCCUAAAAGAACAUAGAUAGAGGACCUCUUCCCUUUGGGAAGGGAGCCAUCACUAUAGAUAACGAAGUAUGAACCAGCUGUGACAGACAGAAAGGAACCUAGCAAAGUCUGUUAAAAUUUCUCUCUGUGUCCCUCUGUCUCUACAGGGACCAGCAAACAUUUGUUUACCAGACAUUUGCUUUUCCAUCUCCAUGUGAAUUGCCUUCCUCCCCUUUGAAGUCCCAAAUCACUAACCCAACAGCUUCUUUUGUCUUUAGCUGAGGAUGGUAUUUAAGGUGAGGGCUUCAGCCAUUCUGACGAGUUACUGUUUCCCUGGGUCUCUCCAAUGCACACGUGUUUUUAAAUGUUUGUUUGAUUUUCUCUUGUUAAUCUGCCUCAUGUCGAUUUAAUUCUUAGACCAGCCAGAAGAACCUAGAAGGAUAGAGAAAAAUGUUUUCCUCCCCACAAGGGGUUGGCUGAGGUCACAUUUUAAAGGGCUUUCCUUUUGGCAUAAAAGCAGCCAAUGUUUUAUCUAAAGAGACAGGGAAUUAGAGGCCGCUCCAGUCACUCAAGCAGGAAACAAUGCAAUUAGUUGUAAAAGGUUGGAAGAUUGGAGGAUGACAUUAGGCAAAGAGCUAUUGGCGGUGGGGUGGGGAGGCAGGAGUGGUGAAUAAAAGAUAAAGGGAAGAAUCUGGGGAAAAAAGAGAAGAGAAGAAAAAAACAGACAUCCUGUUCAGAUCCAGAUGAUGAAUUCUAGUAUCCCAGAUGGAAUUCUGUUGACUUGGCCUCUGCCUCCUUAAGAAGACAAGGUCUCCUCCUCACAGACUUUCCUGGAGUUAGCCAACACCCCUCAGUAAAGUGGAGGGUGCAGGGAGCAGAGAAGGCUCUAGAAAUCAGGGGGUCAGUUAGCAUGGAGGCACAGCAGCAAAAGGACCACCAGUAAUGAAGAUAGUGAAUUCCAAGAGGACCUGGAAAACUGGAUGAGAUCAGCCUCGGUGGGCUGAUUAGGCUGGACAUUCGCAUGUCCAGUUCUGACUGGUCAUUUAGGGAAAAACACCAACUCGGGGCUGGGCUUACAGCUCAAUGACUAGUGACUUAGGUCCAACCACAUUGAGGACAUAGUGGUAGCUGUCAAAGGGCUUAAGUUUCCUCUCUCAGGAUACCUGGACUGGAAAGCAGAUGGAUCAGGCACUUGCAAAGGAGAAAAGGGGUCACUGUGCUGGGUCACUAGCCUCCUUAAUGAGCUAGCUUAUAGCAGUGGUCAAGGCCAGAGGUUAAAUGUAAGGAAGGGAAAAGAACCAAGCGGAUGAUUUUAUCCCAAUAGCAGGCUAAGGGGCACCAAGCCAUCUUUUUCUUUCCAUUGAGUAAGCCCUGCUCUGAAUAAAAAUGGCCACCAUUGGCCACUGUAUGUCAGUCAAAGCUGUGACUAUCUCCGAAAGGAGUUUAACUUUCCUUUUUGAAACUUCUGGUCACAAGAACAUGAGGGUUUCCACUCAUGUUCCAGUCCUGCCCCAUGGCUCAUCAGUCCUAAUGGGUUAGGGGAACCAGCUGUGGGCUUUGCUGCCUCUGGGGUCACAAGAGUAAAAGCUUGCCAACCAAGACCAGGUGUGGGCCGUUAGAGCGGGGAGACCAGGCUUGUGCCUGUGAACCAGGUAACUGAAGAGAGUGUGUGGGGCAGAGAGGGAGCGUCUGCCAGGACUGAACUGAAGGGCUCUGAGGCCAAGCUCUUUGGAGGCCCUUCCAGAGACAUAGGGGCAACAGCAGCCUUGGAAACAGCCCAAGGACAUGUGCUACCAUGAGGCCUCCCACUUCGUUCUCACCGAGUCUCCAAUAAUUCUUUACAUGCCAUUAGUAUUGAAUGUAUAUUUCAUUGUAAAAAUAAUGUAAACCUGCUAUAGAAAACCAAGAAAAAGAUUACCCCAAGAAAACACUGCCUCCUAAAAGUUAAUUGUGAGUUUCACUUCCACUGGAUCUUAUCCAUCUUAGUUCACCAUCUCCAAGUUAGGACUUAAGGAGUUCAUCAGGAAAAUCAACCAGGACUUCCCUGGCGGCGCGGUGAUUAAGAAAUCACCUGCCAAUGGAGGGGACACGGGUUCGUAUCCCUGGUCUGGGAAGAUCCCACAUGCCACGGAGCAACUAAGCCCGUGCGCCACAACUGCUCAGCCCGCAUGCCACAACUACUGAAGCCUGCAGGACUAGAGCCUGUGCUCCGCAACAAGAGAAGCCACCGCAGUGAGAAAUCCGAGCACUGCAAGGAAGAGUAGCCCCCGCUCACCGCAACUAGAGAAAGCCCGCGCGCAGCAACAAAGUGAAGACCCAAUGCAGCCAAAUAAAUAAAUAAAUAAAAAUUUAAAAGAAAAUCAACCAGAGCACCUUUAGCAUAACACUUUAUUCCAAAAUGCCAGGCAUGAAAAGUUUCCCAAAGAGCAUUCUCGCUCAGGGAAGGAGGCUGAGUGGGGCAGUAUUUUUCAUGAGAAUUUAAGAGGAGGGAUCAGCAGAAGUUCACCUAGAUUGGGGAAUACCGUUGCCCCUUGAUAUCCGCGGGGAAUUCGAUCCAGGACUGCCCCAUCCCCCGUCCCCUACCCCCGCAUCCCGAAGAUACCAAAAUCCUGCGAUGCUCACCUUCCUUAUGUAAAAUGGCUUAGUAUACUUAGCACUCCACAUCCGCAGAUACAGAGGGCUGAAUGUCAUCAAAGACAGUUCUUGGAAAUAGGAGGGAAUUGUUCUUAAGGAUGAGGAGCCAUUGUCUGUGAUGAUACCAAGAGGGUGGGAAGGAACAGUAGGGGCUGACGUCACUUGGAAGAGAGGUAGAGAGGAACAGCUAAUGGGGACAAGGACAUGCAAGGGCCACACUGGAAAAUUCUUUUAGUGUCUCUUGCAGGGACCAAAUACAAACCCAGGUCUUCUGACUCCUGGUCAGAGAUCUUUCCACUUCUCGUAGAUGCCCCAACCUUCUCCACUUUGGUAGGUGAUUGAGAAAGAACUGUGAGUAUCCUGGACCCAACCAUGGAAGGAGAGGUUGCGAUAAGUAGACCUGGACAGCAAAGGCAAAAAAUUGGAAGAUUUUACACUUGUGUCCUAAGGAUGUGAUUUAUCUUCAGCUGGACUGGGGCCUGCAGGAGUUGAGUCCUAUGUAUUGCUGGCCUGCAGCUGCAAGUGAAGGGAAUUCUGCUACUGGAGACUGAGAAAACUCAAGGACCUCCGCGCUAAGGAGUUCCAUUUCCUGAUGGUUUGGCUCCGGAAAUGCCCCUGUAUCAGUAAUUGUUUGGCUCUUAAUGAAACUCUUCUGAGCGUGAAUCUCAGAUUUUUCAGCUGCCUCCCUGGGUGGCUAGGCCUGUGGCCCAUUGGACCUCUCUCCCCAAGAGGCAAUGGGGCCCAGUGCCCAGGCUGCUCAGAGACCGGGUAUAUCAGAGCUUUCAUUUUUCCUUGCUGUGCCUUUAAGAGCUGCAGGAAUGCAAAGAGUCUGGAGGAGGGUGGGGUCUCCCAAAGGGAUUUCCGGGGAAAAGGAUCCCGGGAAUCUGGGCCAGAAACUAAACUGAGAGUCCAACUCUGAGAAGCUGGGGAUGGUGUGUGUGUUGGGUCAGGCCUGUGAUUGGACUGCAGAGUUCUCUAGGGAGGAAGAAAACAAAAGUAAAAAGGAAAGAGCUGGGGAGAGGGGAGAGGCCCACCCCGCCCCCCAUCCCACCCCUAUGCGCACUCACCCAGGCUUGGAAGAGGGGACAGCCACUAGCCUGCAGAGGGUCCGUGUGUGUCAAAGGUGAUAGCGACAGAUGCUGGACCCAGGGAGACCUCUACCCCAAGUCGGCCUGCAGGGCCUCCGGAGACUGACUUGCCAACAGCUGGACUUGAUCACCAGCUUGCUAAGCAAGAUCACACAUCUGAGGGAGUAACUAGCAGACUUUGCUGUCUGGCUGUUUUUGGAGAAUUUUUCUCAGCAGCGGCUAGAAAGCAGGAGACCACCCCCUGGACCCUUGAGCCUUCUUCGAGAAGCAACAGCAGAAGAGAUUCCCACCCUGGGUGGUUUGCAGGACCAUGCUGGCUCUUAGGCGAGCUUCUGCUUUCAGCGUUCUGAUCCUCACAGCCUUUCUGCCCCUGCCGCAGUUCGCCCAGGACCCGGCCAUGGUGCACUACAUCUAUCAGCGCUUUCAAGUCUUGGAGCAAGGACUGCAGAAAUGUACCCAAGCAACGAGAGAAUACAUUGAAGAUUUCCGAGAGUUCUCGAAAAACAUAUCCGUUAUGCUGGGACGCUGUCAGACGUACACAAGUGAGUACAAGAGUGCGGUCCAUAACCUGGCCCUGAGAGUCGAACGUGCCCAGCGGGAGAUCGACUACCUGGAGUACCUGCGGGAGGCUGAGGUGUGCACAGAGUCAGAGGACAAGAUGCUGACAGAAAAGCAAGUCCAAGGAGCUGAGGAGGAGAAAAGGAUCCGGACACUGCUGAAUGCAAGCUGUGACAACAUGCUGAUGGGCAUAAAGUCUCUGAAAAUAGUGAAGAAGACAGUGGACACAGAUGGCUCUUGGAUGAAAGAUGCUGUCAGAGACUCUCCAAAAGUGUAUCUCUUAAUUGGAUCCAGAAACAACACUGUCUGGGAAUUUGCCAGCAUCCGGGCAUUCAUGGAAGAUAGCACCAAGCCAGCCCCCCGGAAGCUGAUCCUAACACAUUCCUGGCAGGGGACAGGCCAAGUGAUCUACAAAGGUUUCCUAUUUUUUCACAGCCAAGGGACUCCCAAUGAGAUCAUCAAAUAUAACCUGCAGAAGAGGACCGUGGAAGAUCGGAUGCUGCUCUCGGGAGGGGCAGGCAGAGCCCUGGCCUACCCGCGCUCCCCCUCGACUUACAUUGACCUGGCUGCGGAUGAGCACGGGCUCUGGGCCAUCCACUCAGGGCCAAGCAUCCACGGCCAUUUGGUUCUCACGAAAAUUGAGCCCGACACACUGGGAGUGGAACACUCAUGGGACACUCCAUGCAGAAGUCAGGAUGCCGAAGCCUCCUUCCUCUUGUGUGGUGUCCUCUACGUGGUCUACAGCUCUGGUGGCCUCGGCCCGCAUCACAUCACUUGUGUCUAUGAUCCGCUGGGCGCUGUCAUGGAGGAGGAUCUGCCCAACGUGUUCUUCCCCAAGCGGUCGAGGAGUCACUCCAUGAUCCAUUACAACCCUAGAGAUAAGCAGCUCUAUGCCUGGAAUGAUGGAAACCAGAUCAUUUACAAACUCCAGACAAAGAGAAAGCAGCCUCUGCAGUGAUGCGUUGCAGCCACGAGGGAGAGCGCCGGGGAUGCUGCUCUCCGGGAGACAGAAGCCACAGCCCCUUUGCAACACAGAAUCCCUCUAAUCGCACACAGGGAUAGGGGCUGGAAGCGGGAAUGCGCACGCGUCCUUUUCCAGAUGGUACUGCCUUCAGUAUCUUCCAAGAGCAUAGAUGAGAGUCUGUCAUUCAGGAAUUUUCAACAACUUCCAUUACCCAUCCAGACCUCCUGGAGCUCAAGGCCUUCCACAUUCCGAUCCAGUUUACUUCUAGCCUUUUCUUUUACUAGCAUUUACUCUAACUCUCCCCACCCCCGCCCCCCAGCCAUUAGAAAUGUAAGCCACCCCCUAAUACUCCUGGCUUCUCUCCCCUCUGGUCUUUGCUCAAAUCUCUUUCCUCUUUCACAAAUGCCUACUGAUAUUCUUCCAUUAUUCACUGCCCAAAUAAAGUACUAUUUCUUAUUGAUGUUUAAUCUCGGUUUCCCCUGGUUCUGCCCCUCCACCAAGCCAGGUGGAUGUAAUAAUAAAGUGAAAACAUUACCAUUUGAAUACCAGUUUCCAGUUACAAAGUGUCUGCACCCAUGUUACAAGUCAUCUCACCCUUAGGAGAUAGUCAGGACAAGUCUUUAUAGAGGAGGAGGGUUCAGGUGAGCCAUUCAAAGUACCAAAGCUACAAAAUGAAAGAGCUAGAAAAUACUGCAAACCCCAUAAUCUUUCCGUUGUCCAAGGAAGCAUCAAAUAUAUAUGUUUGUUCGCCCAACCUUCUCUAAGCAAUACGUUAAUCAUCUCAACCUAAAAAUAAUGGUUCGCCCCUUUAGCUAGUCGCAUGUCCACACAAGACCCUCCUAUAGGCCUUUCAAAAGCUGCUUCCUCUAGAAAACCAGCCUAAGGGUGAGGACCCCACCUCUGUUCUUAUCUUGCCUUUCCUUCCCUUGCUUUUCUCAUCUUGCUUGAAAUACAAUAAAACAGACACUGAGCAACUAAACCUCAUCAGGCUCUAUUUGCCUCCAUGCCCUCCGCAUAAGCGUUUCUGGGGGUGCUGCCUGUGCUUGGGUUUACUGUGAACAAUCCCCAGCACACUGAGGCCCUCGGUAAAUAUUCUGGAAUCUGGAUGGAAGCCAGAUAGCAGGCAGGGGACUCCCUGCCACAGCAGGAGUGCCUUGUGGCACAGGGGACAGAGGGCAGCUGUGCCCAUCCAGUGGGGCUUCUUCAAGCUCUUUCCCACGCGUUUGUCCACUGCAGCCUGGUUUGGGUCACAAGUGCAGGCUGUGGUGCCUGUCUGUGUCAUGUGCUGAGGCCUCUAUCUUUCCAGGCUGGUCACAUGAGAGGGUUUGCUCUGUGUGUUUGCAGCUGUUUCCCCUCCUCUGCCAAGCCCAGGCUGAGACCAUAGGCAGUGAAGAGAGGUUUUUUGUUUUUUUUCCCCCAUAGCAUUUGAGUAAAGCUUUGGCAGAAUGGAAUUACUCACUCCACGGACACAGUGCAGUUACCCACAGUUCUAACAGAGUUUUACAGAGAGCCCAAAUCUGUUGUGGAAUGAGGCAGGUAUGAGUAAUUAAACGUGGUGAUAUUACCCACUCCAUGGGUUUGGGGACAUUAGCUGCCCCAUGGGUAAAAUAACAUUACCUAUUUCACAGGGAAAAGGAAUGCGGGCUGCCUCACAGAGGAGGGUAGCAGGGGAAUUAUCUUGGAGUGGAAUUAUGUGUAAGUCAUGCACACACAGUUCCUCUGGAGGCACACAGAGGCUGCCUGUAAUGUGCUUGCUAUCUGCCUUUCAUCUGUGAUACGCUUUGCUUUGACAGUUCUGCAGGGCACACCUGCCACUAACAACCAACCCACUCUGGCGCCUUAAAUUCCUGCAGCUAGAAUCACUUCUUCAGGUCAAGACAUUUUCUCCAGGAAGCCCCUGUUAACGGGCCACUUUGCUUCCUGGGAGCCAGGGCUGGACAUGCAGGCCCUCAAAUACUUCUUGGGCUUCUUUCAGAUGAACUUCUCAGCUCUGGCUCUCUUCUUGGAUCUUAGUGAGGAUUGAAGUUCCUAAGACCUAGACCAGUGGUUCUUAAAUCACCUGAGGAGCUUUUAAAAAUCCUGCUGCCAGGCCAUACCCCCAGACCAUUCAGUCAGAGCCUCUGGAGGUGGGACCAGACAGGACUAUAACUUUCAAGCCCCCUUCCCUAAAGUGGUUCCGAAGUAUGAAUAAGCUGGAAAGCCAGUGACUUGCACCAUUUUUAAAAAAUUGAGGUAUAGUUGAUUUACAAUGUUGUAUUAGUUGCAGGUGUACAGCAAAGUGAUGCAUUUAUAUAUGCGUAUAUAUAUUCUUUUUCAGAUUUUUUUAUUAUACGUUAUUACAAGAUAUUAAAUAUAGUUCCCUGUGCUAU